UGUUUUUCUCAUAGAAGUUAAAACCUUCCCUUGACUCUUUGUAUUCUUUAGUCAUUUCGUGGGGGGCUUCCUCACCUCUCCGAGUUUUAUUUUUCUUCUUCUUCUUCUUCUCUGUAUAUCUUCAACUCGAAGUUUUCUGUUCUUCGUCAUAGCUUUUGCUACUUUUAUUUUUUGCUGCCAGCAAUGUCUUUCAGAGCGCUAAGCCGGCCAAAUGCUUCAUCGGGCAUGGGUGUAGCUGAUCACAGCAAAAACACCUUUAUGGAAUUGAAGCGGAAGAAGGUAUAUCGAUAUGUGAUCUUUAAGGUUGACGAAAAGAAAAGAGAGGUGGUGGUUGAGAAGACUGGUAGUCCAGCUGAGAACUACGAUGAUUUCACCGCAUCCUUGCCCGAGAAUGAUUGCAGAUAUGCUGUUUAUGACUUUGAUUUUGUGACUUCCGAAAACUGUCAAAAGAGUAAAAUUUUCUUCAUUGCAUGGUCCCCUUCAACCUCUCGAAUCCGUUCCAAGAUGCUGUAUGCCACAUCUAAGGACAGGUUUAGACGUGAACUAGAUGGUGUCCACUAUGAAAUCCAGGCUACUGACCCUACAGAAAUGGAUCUUGAAGUGCUCAAAGAACGUGCACAUUGAAAUGUUUAUGUUUUCUUUGCUACUUGUUCCAAUGAGCUACUUUCCAUGCUUUAUCAUGUGUAAAGCGUAUAGCCCAUAUAGCCGCAGGGAUAUGAUUAUCUUUAGAUAUGAAACACAGGGCUUGUUUCAGUUGUUGCUACAAAUUACAGCUUGCUUGACUGUUCUCAGUGAACUCAACAUUGAAGAACAUAAUAUGCAUAAUAUUAUAGUAGUCUGGUGUUUAGACCAGAUACUCGUAAAGAAGAAGAAAUCUGAAUUUUAUUUCCCUCAA